CACAAAAAAAAAAAAAAAAAGUGAAUGAUUUGUUUCCUAGUCCCUCUAUGUUCAUUUUGGGGCUUAGACAACAUCACAUUACAUCUCACACAAAUCAUACUUCACAAAAAGCCACCUUUUCUUCUUCUUCUAAUUCUAAAUCCCUAACUAUCUCCCCCAAAAAUCACAUUACAGGCUUCCAUGAAUAAUCCCACCUUCAAUCCAUCAAAUUCACCCACAACCAAACCCUAAAAACCCUAAUUUCCAACUUCAUUUCACCUCAUUCUUCCCAAACCCCCCAACAUGCGCCACCUGCAACUCCUCCUCAUCUUCCUCUACGCCGCCGCCGCCGCCACCGCCGACGCACCACCGCCGGAAGAAAUUCGAGCCCUACUAGAGUUCCGCAAAGGGAUCACUACAGAUCCCCUAGGUAAAAUCUCCAAUUCAUGGAACAUUUCCACCUCCGAUCCAGCUUCAGUUUGCCCUAAUUUCUACGGCAUUACAUGCGAUGAACAAACGGGUCGGGUUGUAUCCAUUAAUCUUGACCGGAUUCAGUUGACCGGUGAAAUAAAGUUUAGUACUUUGCUUAUGUUGAAAAAUUUGAAGAACUUGAGCUUGUCUGGGAACCGAUUGACCGGCCGGAUUGUUCCGAAUCUCGGGUCAAUGUUUUCGCUUCAGUAUUUAGAUCUGUCUGGUAAUGAGUUUUAUGGGCCUGUUCCUGAAAAGAUUAAUGAUCUGUAUGGUUUGAGUUAUCUUAAUUUGUCUAGGAAUAAUUUCACCGGCGGCUUUCCGAAUGGGAUUGGGAACUUGCAGCAGCUGGCGGUUCUCGAUCUGCAUUCGAAUUCGUUGUGGGGGGAUUUAGGGGUGUUGUUUUCUCAACUUAGGAAUGUGCAGUAUGUUGACUUGAGUGAUAAUGCGUUUUACGGGUCUUUAUCGAUCGAUGGUGGUGUUAUUCCGAGUGUGGUUAAUACGGUGCAGUAUGUGAAUUUGAGUCGGAAUCGGUUGGGUGGUGGGUUUUUUAGUGAUGAUGUAUUUGUUUUGUUUAGGAAUUUGCAUGUUUUGGAUUUGAGUGAUAAUGGGUUGAAUGGGAAGUUGCCGUCGUUUGGGGGGUUGCCGAAUCUUGAGGUUUUGAGGUUGAGUAAUGCGCAGUUGUUUGGGCCGAUACCGGAAGAGCUUUUGGAGAGCUUGAUUCCGUUGAAAGAGCUGGAUCUUAGUCGGAAUGGCUUUUCAGGUUCGAUUCCGAAAAUCAACUCUACCAGUUUGAUCACGUUGAAUCUAUCAUCAAACGAAUUAUCAGGCUCGUUACCACCGUCUUUAGGAAACUGUCAGAUAGUCGAUUUGAGCAACAAUCUACUCUCCGAUGACAUCAUGGUUUCCGAAAAAUGGGAAUCACCCCUACAAGUUCUUGAUCUGAGCUCAAAUAAGCUAAUCGGGAAUUUCCCCAACUUAACACAUUUUAACGCACUGGUUUCACUAAAUCUAGGAAACAACUCAUUAAAAGGCGUGCUACCGUCUAUCCUGAUACCCAAUCUGGUUUUUCUCGACCUCAGUAGGAACGAACUUGACGGGCCGAUUCCACCCGGGUUAUUCACUUCAAUGACUUUGAACCAUCUGGAUCUUUCGAAUAACCGUUUGACGGGCCCGAUUCCUCUUCACGGAUCACAAGAAAAAUCUUUAAUCGAAUUAUCGUCGUAUCCACCCAUGGAGUUUCUCGAUCUUUCCUAUAAUACGUUAACGGGUGCAUUGUCGUCAGAUAUCGGCAACUUCAGGAGGCUUAGAGUGUUAAAUCUUGGAAAUGACGGGUUAUCGGGUGAAUUACCAAACGAUUUGACGAAACUUAGUCUAUUGGAGUUUCUUGAUUUAUCGAAUAAUCAUUUCAACGGUAAGAUUCCCGAAAAACUUUCGUCAGAGUUGACGUUUCUUAACGUGUCGGGUAAUGAUUUAUCCGGGAAAAUUCCGGAGAACUUGAGGAAUUUCUCGAAUGCUUCGUUUUAUCCGGGAAACCCGUCUCUGAUCACACCAAUCGGUGGUCUGCCACCUGCUAACGCUGACGGUUUUGCAUCAGGGUCACCAAACGGUGGGAAAGGUCACUCGAAGUCUAGCAUUAAAAUAGCGAUUAUAGUUGCUUCUGUUGUAGCUGCAUUAAUGAUAGCUUUUGUGUUAUUGGCGUAUUAUCGAGCACAAAUCGGAGAUUUUCGUGUUAAAACUGCGUUUGGUGGUCAAACAAGUUUGACAAGUAGAGAUAUAAAACAUGGAGGAAUAUCUAGCCGACCGACGACAUCACUGAGUUUUUCAAACGCUCACUUACUUACUUCAAAUUCUGGACAGUCGGAGAUUGGCGGUGACAUUGUGGAGCCUCCCGCAAUGCCGCCUGCUUAUGCCACUAGUUCGGCAUCCAUGAUUCCCAAUCUGAUCGACACCGACCCUACACCAUCCGGAAGAAAAUCUUCUCCGGGUUCACCCGUGGGUUCAUCGCCCCGUUUUGUCGAGACAAUCGAACAGCAAGUGACGCUAGACGUGUAUUCACCAGAUCGGUUUGCGGGUCAACUGUAUUUCUUUGACCCGAGACCUCAAUUAUCGUUUACAGCUGAAGAUCUGUCGCGGGCCCCAGCUGAGAUUCUUGGAAGAAGCAGCCAUGGGACACUGUAUAAAGCCACGCUAGGUGGCGGACAUAUGUUGACCGUGAAGUGGUUGAGGGUCGGGUUGACCAAAGAUAAGAAAGAAUUUGCCAAAGAGAUUAAGAAGAUCGGAACCAUGAAUCACCCUAAUGUUGUGCGGUUAGUCGCGUAUUAUUGGGGCCCGCGAGAACAAGAGAGACUUACGUUGGCUAAUUACAUUGAAGGAGAUAGCUUGGCGUUACAUCUUUAUGAAACGACCCCUCGAAGGUACUCAUUACUAUCAUUUAACCAACGGCUAAAAGUUGCUAUCGAUGUGGCUAGAGGCUUGUCCUACCUUCAUGGGAGGGGCAUACCGCAUGGAAACCUUAAACCGACAAACAUAAUCUUAGAAGGCCCGCAAUACAAUGCCCGGCUUACCGACUUCGGUCUCCACCGGCUCAUGACACCUGCAGGCAUAGCUGAGCAAAUUCUAAACCUUGGUGCACUUGGUUACCGGGCCCCUGAACUUGCAAACGCAUCGAAACCUGUCCCGUCAUUCAAAGCCGAUGUGUAUGCAUUUGGUGUCAUCUUGAUGGAACUAUUAACCCGAAGAAGUGCGGGUGACAUUAUCUCGGGUCAAUCUGGUGCUGUUGAUCUAACCGAUUGGGUUCGGUUGUGUGACCAGGAGGGUCGGGUGAUGGAUUGUAUUGACCGAGACAUUGCAGGUGGUGAACAGCAGUCGAAAGCGAUGGAUGAUUUGCUUGAAGUAUCACUCCGGUGCAUACUCCCGUUAACUGAAAGGCCGACAGUGAGACAGAUCUUGGAAGAUUUAUGUGCCAUAUCUGUUUGAAAAGCUUUUGUACAAUGUGUUUUUGUUUGUUUAUUUUCUUGGUUCAUUGGUUUCGGGCCUUCGAAUUCGGGCUUCGGGUUCGGGCUAAAACGGGUCGUAAUUCAUCGUCUUCUUCCUCCCUCAACCCUUGAUUUUUUGCUCUUAUUUUCUUGUGUAAAGUCCAUUGAUUGUUUCUGAUUUACUAAUUGCAGGAAGAAAAGAAUGUUUGCUUAAGUAGUCUUUUAUUUAUUUAAUUCUUAUUUUUUUACCUUAAA